AGGAGGCAGUUUAUUAAUAGAUAAGGCUGAUUCUCCGGCAUCUUCCAAACGAACCGGACGCUUCCGCUCCGCCAGAUUGUGCGUAGUGACCCCUUUGAACCUGGCGAUGUGUUAAAUCAAUGACGUGGAGAUGAAAAAACAAGUGAUUUUUGGUCUGCUCCUGGCCAGCGUUUUGUUGUGCAUUUCUGGACAAGAUGAGGAGGAUUAUCAGGAGUCACCAACAAUACUGGUUGCCCUGCUGGUGCGCAACAAGGCCCACACACUGCCCAUGUUCCUAAGCUAUCUGGAGCAACAGGAUUAUCCCAAAAAAAGGAUUGCCUUCUGGCUGCGCUGUGAUCAUAGCAGCGAUGACAGCAUAGAUCUGCUGCGGCAGUGGCUAAAUCAAUCUGGAGAUCUCUACCACAGCGUGAGCUACGUUUUCGAUCCAGAUGAGCAGAGUUAUGCCAACGAGAGUUCCCCAUACGAGUGGCCGGCUUCGCGUUUCAAACACCUGAUAGCCCUGAAAGAGGAGGCCUUUCAGUAUGGUCGCGAUAUUUGGGCUGACUUUGUGUUUUUCCUGGACGCCGAUGUCUUGCUUACAUCAAAAGACUCACUAAAUGUCCUCACCCGUCUCCAAUUGCCAAUAGUUGCUCCCAUGCUGAUCUCGGAAAGCUUGUACUCCAAUUUCUGGUGCGGCAUGACAGAUGAUUAUUACUACAGGCGCACGGAUGAGUACAAGGAAAUCUACCACGCAAGGAAGAUAGGAAGUUUCCCUGUGCCCAUGGUCCACACUGCGGUUUUGGUGAACAUGAACCAUAAAGCCGUCAGAAAUCUCACUUUCGAUAGGAACAAGCUGGUGGAAAUGCAGAAGAGCAGGCAGCAGGAGCCGCUCUAUGACGGACCAGCGGAUGAUAUUAUAGUCUUUGCCAUUUCGGCCAACAGUUCGGGCAUUCCCCUGCACAUCUGCAAUGAUAUUACCUUUGGCUAUAUACUCCAACCCCUCGAACCAGGUGAUACCUUGGAGCAAGAUCUUCAGCAGCUGGUGAAUCUCAAAGGCAUCAUGGUUAACGAUCUGGGUGCAGUGCCCCCUUUACUGGACUAUUACAAACAUUUAGAAAGGAAACCUGUGAAAAACAAACUCUCCUUGGAUCAUAUAUUUAUGAUAAAUCUGAAAAGGCGCCCUGAAAGGCGUGCAAAAAUGGAGGAACUCUUCGUGGAGCUGGGAAUAGAGGCGGAAUACUUUGAGGCUGUUGAUGGCAAAGAACUAACUACGGAGCGGCUUCAGGAGAUGGGCGUUCGUUUCCUGCCUGGCUACGAGGAUCCCUAUCACCAUCGGGCCAUGACAAUGGGCGAGAUUGGCUGCUUUCUAAGCCAUUACAGAAUCUGGGUGACGAUGGUUCGCAAGGAGCUGAAGGAGGUACUCAUUCUGGAGGACGAUAUACGCUUCGAGCCCUAUUUCCGGCAAAAUGCGGUCAGGGUUCUUAAUCAGGCUAGAAGCGUUGUGGAAUACGACCUCAUUUACUUUGGUCGCAAGCGUUUAAAGGAGGAAAGUGAGCCGGGAGUAACAAACGCAGAUAACCUGGUGCAUGCCGGCUACUCCUACUGGACAUUGGGCUAUGUUCUAUCCCUACAGGGAGCCUUGAAGCUGCUGGCAGCCAAGCCGCUGGAGAAACUAAUACCUGUGGAUGAGUUUCUGCCAUUGAUGUUCAAUCGUCAUCCCAACAAAACCUGGAGCGAAGCCUUUCCUAAAAGGAAUCUCGUCGCUUUAAGCGCCUCACCGCUUCUGCUUUAUCCCAUUUACUAUACAGGAGAAUCUGGCUACGUUUCCGACACCGAGGACUCGAAGCAAAUUAAUGUGGACACAAAUGAAGAGGGAGAAGCUCGGCUAAAAAGCGAUAGGGAGCAGGUUUUCGGCCAGGGGGUGGAAAGCACUCUCGAUCAGCAACUUAAGCUUGGCGAGAGUUUGUCCAAAAGCCACCAGGAACUAUAAAUACCGCCGAUUCCAAAAAAAAAAAACAUGCCAAAUUUUAUCUAGACUAAUCUUGCCAACUGCCAAAUGUGCCUUUAACCCAAAUCCACCAAACUAUAAACUAUCAACAACGAAUGUUAAAGUAGAAUUAAGUUUUGUUUAUCAGGCUGAAUAUUUUGUGCAAUUUUUUUUAACUCACUAGUUAUGUUUAACGUGUUUAUAAAUGUAAUCUUCCAUAUUAGAAAAAUUGAUUUCUAUACUUUGUUUUAAAUGUUAUAAAAAUACAAAAUAAUGACCAACAAGCUAAAAUUGGUUCAAAAAGCAAUAUAUCAGCUUAAGGUAAAAUACAUCCUAAAACAGUUGCACAAAUUAUUGGCCAAAUCUAAACUUUAGAUUAACAUUUCAACAGCAUGCCAUUGACCUAGCCAUUAAGUAGGUUUUAAGAACGGAUAUAAACUCUCACUUUAUUUCA